CUUAAAAAUCCCCCAAACUGUCAAAAACCCCAAACCCUAACCCUAACCGAUGGAAGUCCCCCUCUCCGGCCUCCACGUCAUCUCCGUCCUCGGCCGCGGCGCCAAGGGCGUCGUCUUCCUCGUCCGCAGCAAGGCCUCCGGCGAAACCCUGGCUCUCAAGGCCAUCUCCCGAUCGAGGAUCAAGAACAAGGGGGGAAACGGCGAGGACGCUUAUCGCCGGAUCUCGUUCGAGCGGGAGGUCCUCGGUUCGCUCCGCCACCGUCUUCUCCCUUCGCUUAGGGGAUUCGUUUCCUGCGAUGGGAUUCUAGGGUUUCUGAUGGAUUUCGCCGCCGGCGGAAAUCUCACCGAACUUCGCUGGCGACAGACGGAGAAGAUGUUCUCCGAUGAAUUCAUCAGAUUUUACGCCGCGGAGUUGGUGCUCGCAUUGGAGCACCUCCACGCUCAGAGAAUCGUGUACCGCGAUCUCAAGCCCGAAAACAUCCUCAUCCAAGAAACCGGCCACAUAAUGCUCGUCGAUUUCGAUCUCUCCGCCAAGCUUCCCGCCAAAAUCUCAUCUUUUUCUCCCCCCAGUCCGACCCGCACCGAGAAACCCGACCCGGUAAAGAAAAGCCGUCGUCUUUUCCCCUGUUUCUCAUCCAACUCCGGCGUGUCGCCCGAAACAUUGGACUCGACCCGAAACCCAUCCGUAUCGUCCGAAACGCCGGGGAAAUCGAAUUCGUUCGUGGGCACCGAAGAGUACGUGGCGCCGGAGAUAAUCAAAGGUGGCGGUCACGACUACGCCGUCGACUGGUGGAGUUUCGGGAUUGUGUUGUACGAGAUGUUGUACGGACGAACGCCGUUCCGGGGGCAAAACCGGAAGGAGACGUUUUAUAGGAUUUUGAACAUGAACGUGAAUUUGGUCGGAGAGAAGACGGCGUUGAGGGAUUUGAUAGGGAGAUUGUUGGAAAAAGAGGCGGAGAAGAGGAUUGGAGUUGAGGAGAUUAAGCGGCACGAGUUCUUUAGAGGGGUAAACUGGGAAGAGGUUUUGACGGUGGACAGGACGCCGUUCAUACCGUUAGGGGUAGAUUGGGAAGAGGGGGAGAGUUUGGACGUGGAGAGGUGUGUGGAGGAGGUGUUUGGGGGCGGGGAGGGGAAGAAGGGAGAGGGAGAGGGUGGGGAUGGGCGUGGAAGGAAUACUGAACAUAAACAAGCUUUUGAACAAUGGAUUACCUAUACGGAUGCAGAUCGAGAGCAAGAUGAAAUGUGGGAUAUCAUGAAAUUAGCAAAAAUUAUGCUAAGAGCUAAUGCUGUAAAAGUUAUAGACCGAAACGAAAACUAA